CCCCGAAAUCAUGCACCUAUUUUGCAGCGUACCCGGUUUACAGGCCCUUACCCACAAUGCCCUGAGAGACCCGUGUGGUCGCAAGCGUCUGACAGCGAGCUUGAUGUCUCGAGCCUGUCUAGCUUGGAGCUCAGUGUCCUCCCCCCACCACGGAUCUUCAGCCACGGUUCUUUUGGCGUAAGACUUCCUCCUAAGCAUCACCGACAUCAAAGAAUGAACCGCUUUAUAAGUCGUAGCGAUGAUCUACUGGCGCUCUCUGCUGACGAUGAUCUCGCUUCCUCGGAAAGCUCCCAACAUUGCAUCCCAGGCAGUUCCCCGUCACACUCCACUAGGAGUGUGGAGCGCUUCUUGGUCUUCAAAGAGAAAGCAGAGAUACUUGCACCCAAAGAAGAGCAGCGUCCACCCCAUGCAGCGCCUCUGCUGCAUGCCCAUCCACCCAAGGGCAUCCUCAAGCAGUCUCAUCAGUUGGGAGUCUACUCUUCUGACAGUCUGCGCAAGUCUAAGUCGGCAGAGAUGCUAGCCCAGGCGAGAAGUCGUGGACGCAGCAGGAAUCCCAAAAGUAUGUCCUUGGAUAGGGAGAAGGGCGUACGAGCCUCUCCCACGGGACGUGCUACUUCCACAUCGUCUACAUCUCCCAGCUCUAUGCCACCGGAAUGGAAGAUGCAGCUUCUUGAGGAAAAGAUCAAAUUUUCCCAAUUUCUGGACGAAAUCACCUACCGGGUCCUCAGCCCGGCUAGUCUAAAGAUGCUGCGAGGGAACCUUCCAGAGCCAGCAGUGUCUUCAAAAGGGAGCCAAAUCAAGCAGCACAACAAUCCCCAACAAUAUGAAUCCAAGGACCGUCAUGGCAAAAAGCAAGAGAGGAGCCGACUUUGGGACGAGUGGGCCUCCCAGCAUAGCAGAGCCAGCAGGAAAUCAAGGGAGGCAAGACCCAAGACAUGGCACAUCUCAGAGGACAGUCCAGAGGGAGCGUCAGAAAAGCAACACGUAGAUCCUCAUCGUGAAGGGGCCCGUUCCAAAACCGAAGGCCCAAUUUAUAGCCAGGUGGGGGGCAGUGAUGAUUUCGAAUGGGAUGAUAGGACUCCACGGGGGGUUCAACACCAGCCUCAACCCCACCAGUUACCCCAUAUAGAAAGCAGAGCCGUGCAAAAGGACAAUACAGAUAAAUCAGGGCUGCCAAAGGCUGAGAUUCCCAUCAUUCGUUUGGAGGGUGAGAAAACACCUUUAUCACAAGUGACUCCCUUUUUUAUAUUAUCACAGAUCAAGGAGUCCUUAUCAGAUGCCGACAGGAUCAAGAUCCUGCAGCAGCAAAAUGAAGACCUCCGUCGCCGGCUCUCCCAGACCACUCAUAAGAUGGAGGCGAUGGAGACGGAGUUCGAAACCAGUCGACAUUACAUGCAAGCAGAGUUGGGUCGAACCAGAGACGACCUGGAGAAAAUGAGAGACAAAUUCAGAAGACUGCAGAACAGCUACACGGCAUCUCAGAGAGCUAAUCAAGACCUGGAGGAGAAACUUCACGCCCUGGCUGCCAUCAGUCAAACUUGGGUCUACGCACUCCGUAAAGUGGAAAGAGACAAGAAAACCAUGGAUCAAGAGAUAGUGGAGCUCACGAAUAAACUCGUGGAUGCCAAAAACACUAUCGACAAGCUGGAGGAACUGAAUGAACGGUAUCGGCAAGAUUGCAAUUUGGCUGUGCAGCUGUUAAAGUGCAAUAAAUCGCAUUUCAGGAAUCACAAGUUUGCUGAUUUGCCAUAUGAGCUACAGGACAUGGUGAACAAGCACAUGAAGAGUAGCUUGCCUAACAAGACUCAGGGCUCUCAGGGAGCUCAAGCCCAGGAUCCUGACACUCUAAGCCUGACUCCCGCAGACGUAGUGCCCACUUCAGUGAUCGCUCGUGUUCUUGAGAAGCCGGAGCCCCUGGUGCUCAACUCAGCCCAGUCUAGCAGCAGUGCAGGUCGGCCAGUGGCUGAAGAUGUGUUCGUACACGUGGACAUGACAGGACCCCAAGACAACAGUGGAGGGCGUGAAAACGGGUGUCCUGUUCAUGCCAGGCCUCCUGUGGGAGCUGGUUCUGAUCAGCAGCAUGUAAAUGGCAUGUGUCGAAGCCAGGGCAGCCUGGAUGGUCCAACAGGAGAAGAUGGGGCAGCCCCUUCUUUUGAGAAGUUGAAUCCUUACCCAGCACCUCCACCACCAAACCCGCUGUACCCUGGUCGCAAAGUGAUCGAGUUCUCCUCCGAUGACAAAGUCAAGAUUCCCAAGAACAGUCCACUGCCCAAUUGCACCUACGCUACUCGUCAGGCCAUUUCUCUUAGUCUUGUGCAGAGCGAAGAGGAGGCAGCCGAGCGCCAGCGCACCGUGCCCAAUAGCCCUGCUGUUUCUGAUGGGGGUUGGCGGUCUGGUACCUCCUCAUCUUCUGGUGGAGGGCAUGCUUCUCACCAGCACACACCUCCACAGAUGGAUGCUACGGACACCCUCUCCAGUCAUUCAAGUCCCUUUAGCAGCCCCCCUCAGCCUCCGAGCGCCUUUGCAAGCUCUGGUAGCUCAGAGGAGGACCUACUGACCAACUGGCAGCGCAUGUUUGUAGAAAAAAUGGCACCAUCCACAGAAGGCUCCCUCGUCAACCGCACGUCCUUCAGCAGUGAGAUGGUGAAAGAUCUCCAAAGAAGUCACAACGGAAAAUCAGGAGUAGGGGCUUUGAGAGGUGCUUACUCUGAUGGCGAGGAGGGAUCCUCGGCCCAGAGCUGGACAGCAAGUAGAGAGUCCAGUUUGGAUACAGACACCAGCAGCAUGGCAGACCUCCGGGCAAAAAAGACUCAAUACGGUGGUGACUUUUCCCAGGAAGAGGGUGAACACCUACUGAUGGCCCUUGAUCCACUUGACAAUGAUGGUGCUAGUGGUGACACCAUGGUCACCAUUGAGAGCAGUCCAGCGUCUGCUAAGCGUCAAGAGUUUGCUGAAGAUGCUGGAUCUGCAGGAAGUUCAGCUGAGGAGCGAGAUAGCCUGCCCCAGGACUUUCCUGUCAUCGGCUCAAGAGUCCUAGCUGCCCUUGAGGAUUAUGCAGACAAGCCCCCUCAGACUGGCUCCUCACGACCUCUGAAGAGCCCCAAGAGAAUGGGGGUUCAUCACUUGCACCGCAAAGACAGCCUUACCAGAGCUCAAGAGCAUGGGAACUUGCUGGACUGAGACUUCCAGGCUUACUCUUCUCUUUUUUUUGACCUUGAGUGCUCUUCGUCUUACUAGCAAUCUCUAGGCAUAGCAGCAUACGACAAGCGGAAGGGAUCGGAUCAGCAUUGCUAUAGUUAUCCCUGAUCAUGCUGCUGUUGCUGAGGCAUCAUUGUAACUCUUCUGUCCUCUCUCUGAAGCUUGGAGCUCUUUUAUCUGUGGAACCUUAUGGUAUUGAUGGCAUCCGUGGUGAAGUACUUCAGUCAGUCCGGCUUUCCGUGGACGGUGCUUCAGGGAUCGUACAAGAAUGUCAUAAAAGACAUUCCUAGUCCAAGACUUGAUUCUGUUUGAUGUGACAUGAUUGAGUGGGCAACAGUAGGACAUAGCCAUACAAUUACACUUCUGUAAGAGAAUGAGUUCAAGAUUGAGCAGCAUUAGGAAGGAUCCCUGUGGCACUCUACGGACAUGGAACAUCUCACAUAAUGGGUGUUUUGACAUUUGCUUUUGCCGAAUGAUAUCUAUCCAGUAUCCCAGUGCAAGUCCUUUGUUACGGGAGAUUGGGAUGGCACCAAAUGGCCACAGCUUCACAGAUACCACUGUGUCAGGCAUUCUGCUGGCUGAAGCAGAUUAAAUGUAAUCUAUGGGACUCUCUUGUCAAUUUUCAGUGCCUAACCCUUGCUCUGACGGAGGGGGCUCUCCAUCACCCUUUAAAAGAACAUCUUGUUCCUUUAGCCUGCUUUUAGUCAUCAUAAACUGAGAGGAUCCUUCACCUCCAAUUUUCAGUUACCUCUCUUCAUUGAUCUACCACUGUAUUUCAACACCCAAGCUAUAGACAGCUUUUGUACUUUACUAAUUUGAAUUUGAUUUUGAUGUAUUCGGUAUUUGUUUUAAUGAUUAAGUAUACUUCCUGAUUUUCAUUCUCAUCUGUUUUGUUUGACUAAUGGUAUUUAAAACCGAUUAUGAUUUUAAGUAAAUAUAUAGAGUUUGUGUAUUUAUUUGUCUUUUGCUGGUCUAAAGUGUCCCAUUACUUACCUCAAAGCAGUUAAGCACUUGCAGAAGUGUGUAUAAGUGAAUAGGUUACUAAAUCCUGUCAUGAAAUGAGAAGAUAUACAAUCCCUUUUACACAUUAGUUGUUACACUGUAAUACAAUAGAAAUCCAACCCAAACAGUGCUGUUUGGCAUUUGAAAUAUUUAAUCUUUUUUUUUUUUUUCAAAGGUCAGUAUUUAAGAGUAAAAAAACCUCUACAAGUAAGGCUGAAAUGUUAAAAUGUGUAAUUGGUAUUUCAUAUCCUCCAAUUCAGAGAUGUAUUAAUGUGACCCUUUGCUGCUGACGGCACAAAUUGCCUUUCAGAGGGCAUAUUAAUAUUUCAAAACUAUGCAUAUAGUACUGUGUAAAAACACCACAAAAACCUAGCAAAGCUUUCUCUGUUAUGAUGACUUCUAAAUAAAAAAACGAUGAGCUAAAAAGCUGAAAUUUUAACCAGAAACAUGCCUUUGUUAGAGUGGCACUGACAAGAACACAUUAUUUAGAUGAUUUUUGUUUGUUUGUUCUUUUUAAACCCUGAUUUCAAGAAAAGCCAUGUUUUGAUCUUAACGAAUGUAAUCAUCUUUAUGUAGCAUCCGUUUUCAUUGGUUCCUCAUUCUUUAGCUGAUGCUAAUGCUGUAUGUAUUUUAAGGGGACUGUGCAUACCACCAUCAUUUGGUGUAUUUUUCUGUGUGUAUUUCUGUGUGUAAAUCUGAUUCCUCAUGAUUAUGGAUGAUCAAUCUGUCCAGCAGAUACUUUCUACAAGUUGUUGUUUUUUUCUGUGCUGAGUGUUCCCAUCAUAAAUUUCAGUCGUUUCAUUUCAAGCCUUGUUCAAAUAGCAUUUUAACAUUUAUCAGCUUUUCUCAAACAAUACGUUUCAGAUGCAACGACUACAAGCAACCACAUUCUUUUGUUUUGAUAAAUAUAUUUUAGAGACAAUUAAACUCUGUAUUGCCUUAAGUGCUUGCGUUGUGCUUUUUAUUUGCAGUAAGUUUUAGUCUGUUGACCAGUCAUUAUCCAGAUGUCCCACCCUGCGUCAAGUACUUCAUGCAGUAGUGUACUUUACAAAUUAGUGUAUUUUUUAUUUUUUUUUAGUAUCAGGACACAGCAUACUCUCCACCCUUACUGAUUUGAGACAUUUACCCUACAGGUGAUACGCAACAGUAUUCUUCAUGCAUAAGAGUAUGUUGUAUACUUGUCUUUUAUUUAUGAACAUAUCAGUGAGUCAGAAGGUACAGAAGGAUGUAUUACAUUUUAACGGUAUUCCUGGAAGGACACCAGACUUUUGUAAAACGCUUGCUGUAUAUAUUCACCUCAUUGCUGGUCUGCCACAGCACUCCUUGCCCUGAAUAAUUCAGCUAUAUGUUCCUCAGUGAAGGGCAGAAUGUGCUCCCAAGUCCACACUUACUCUUCUUGUCUUACACUUUGGUCUUCGUAUGUAGUUAUCAGUCUUGCUCUGCAAUAUAUGGGAGUACCAUUAAUAGCCCAUGAUUAAUUGAAGUGUAACUACCCACCAUGCUGAAUAAUUAAUAUUUUAUCAUGUUCUAAAAUAGUUCCGUGAUGCUUUAAAGAGACGAGAGUACAGCCCAUCAGGGUCUCGCAUGACGAAAUAGAAUCUCUUAAAUAUUUCAGUCUCGUCAGAUGUUACACGGACCGCAGGUCAUGCAAAUAAAUACAAAAAAGACACGACAAUGGUCAGAAUGUGCAAUACACUGAGUGCAUAAAUAGGACUUUCUCCUCUGCUCUCAUGCAACUUUAAUAACUCAAAUUUAAUUGCACACAUAAGAGACGUGCACAUCUUCUUUAAUCCAAGGUGACCCUCUGGUGUGCUGUGCGCAAGUCUUUCAAAAGCUUUGCUGAGAAAUCUAAGAAAUGAAAAAAAUGUCAAGGUUAUCCUCCAAGCAACACUCCAAUCCGCCUUCUGCCCAAAGCUGACGUCUCUGUGAUGGAAAAACAUAUUCAUGUUAUCUUCUCUUUAACCUUCACUACCUACGGUGCGUAAUCUGCGCUACUUUUCCUUUGAUCUAUGAAUUUUUUUAUCCAUCAGUAGGCCAACUUUCAUGUAGCCAUCAACAAAAUGUAAAAUGUCAAGUCAAAUUAAGUUGUUAUUGACUAAUGCCCUUGUAUUAAAGUGGUAAUUUCUGGUGCAUACCUUGUCUUAUACAUGUGCAACUGUAGCAACAUGGUGCUUUUUUCCUGGUCACCAUCGUUUUGAUCCCCCUCCCCAUGCAGUGUAAUUUUUACUUUUACUUUUACUUUUAUCAGGAAAAGCUUCCAUGGUUGUGUAGAUAUUCCAUGCACAGCUUUUUCCCCUAAACAAAUAAAUAAAAAAAUUCUUAUGA